AUGGGCGACUCGAGUGGAACACCUCAGGCAAAUGCCUCCCUAAAACAACCGAAGAAAAGAUUCGUCGGAAGACGCACAGCAGACGCCCAGGCACAAUCAUCACCGAGCGUCCAGGAUGUUGAAUCUACAAGCGUACAAAAAGCUGCCCCUCGGAGGACCCCAAGGACCUUAAAUCAAGUACCCCCCGAGAUCCUCAAUGAUCCCGAUAUCCUCGCCGCCAUCGACCUCCUCCCAAAGAACUACUCGUUCGAAAUCCCCAAAACCAUCCACCGCAUCCGAACUUCCGGCGCAAAACGCGUAGCCCUCCAAUUUCCCGAAGGCCUUCUUCUCUUUGCGACUACAAUAUCCGAUAUCCUUACCCAAUUCUGCCCAGGUACUGAAACCCUCAUCAUGGGAGACGUCACCUACGGUGCAUGCUGCAUUGAUGAUUACACGGCGCGCGCCCUCGGCUGCGACCUCCUCGUCCACUACGCCCACUCCUGCCUGAUCCCGGUCGAUGUAACAAAGAUCAAAACCCUUUACAUCUUCGUCGACAUCAGCAUCGACACAACCCACCUUCUUGCCACCCUCGAGCGCAACUUCCAACCAGGCAAGACAAUCGCAACCGUCGGAACAAUCCAGUUCAACGCAACAUUGCACGGCCUAAAGCCAGUCCUCGAGCGCGCUGGUUUCAACGUCGUCAUCCCCCAAAUCACCCCACUCUCAAAGGGCGAAAUCCUAGGUUGCACAUCCCCAAACCUCUCCGCCCAGGAAAUCGACUACAUCCUCUAUCUCGGCGAUGGCCGCUUCCACCUUGAAUCCGCAAUGAUUCAUAACCCCACCAUCCCCGCCUACCGUUACGACCCUUACUCCCGCACACUCUCCCGCGAGUCCUACUCCCACAAUGAAAUGCACACUCUCCGGCGCGACGCCAUAUCUACCGCUCGCUCCGCUAAGAAAUGGGGCAUCAUCCUCGGCUCCCUAGGUCGGCAGGGUAACCCACACACGAUGGCCAUGAUCGAGACGCAUCUCCGAGACCGCGGUAUCCCAUUCAUCAACCUGCUGCUCAGUGAAAUUUUCCCGGGGAAGUUGGCUGCGAUGUCGGAUGUGGAGUGCUGGGUACAGAUUGCUUGCCCAAGGUUGAGUAUUGAUUGGGGGUAUGCGUUCCCGAGGCCACUUUUGACACCAUAUGAGGCUCUUAUUGCACUCGGGGUCAGGGAGAGUUGGGAAAGUACGCAUGGGGGUGUUUAUCCGAUGGACUUCUAUGCGAAGGACGGACUGGGGAGGACGAAGCCGCAGGCGGUACAGGGGACUGCUUGA